UUCGUCAAGAUCCAGUAAUUUCAUUUCCUUGAGUCUGUCUGGGGUAAGUCGUCGCAUAUCGCGUUUGCGUUCCGCGAUCUCUCUCAGCAUUUAGAUUUCGGACGUGCGCUUAUUAAAGCGUCAUUUGAGUUCCGUCUGCGAAAGAGACAUGAUAUCUACAGGGCUGAUACUACUGCUGAUUGUUGCUGUUGUGUCCUGCGAAGAGGGACCAAUUGUUAACAUACAGCAAGGGAGACUACAGGGGACCUUUAUGGUUUCUCGUUAUGGAAGACGGUUUUUUGCUUUCCAAGGCAUUCCGUACGCACAGCCGCCGGUUGGAGACCUCAGGUUUAAGGAACCUGUAAAUCCUGAACCAUGGAAAGGUACAUGGUACGCCAGCGCUCCUGGAAGCAUAUGUCUUCAGAAGAACCGUGUGCAUCCUAGAAACUACGGCAUUCAAGACCCCCUGACAGGAGACGAAAACUGCCUCUUUCUGAAUGUGUACACCCCGAAACUCCCAUCAUACGAUGGUUCACAAGAUCUGGAAGUGUUCGUUUACUUCCACGGCGGGGCGUGGCAAUAUGGAUGGGGUCAUGAAUAUGGACCAAAAAUUCUCAUGGACCGAGAUGCUGUUUUGGUCACGGUCACGUACAGACUUGGACCACUGGGUUUCCUCAGCACGGGAGAUGACAUAGUUCCAGGUAACAUGGGACUGAAAGAUCAAUCAGCAGCCCUGCGUUGGGUUAAGAAUAACAUUGCAGCAUUUGGUGGCAAUCCGAACAGUGUUACUAUUACUGGAACGUCUGCAGGAGGAGCUAGCGCUCACUACCACUUUCUGUCAGAGUGGUCUAAAGGUCUCUUCAACAGAGGAAUAUCACAGAGUGGUUCGUCACUCUGUCCAUGGACACAGAUGGAGGAUGGACCAGCUAAAGCUAGGAAGCUGGGAGCAUUUCUGGGCUGCGAUGAUGGCAAUUCUAGGGAACUCGUGGACUGUCUACGCAACAGACCCGCACGUCAAAUUGUAGAGCAAGUGAAACAUUUCCAGGUUUGGAUGUAUAAUCCAUUUUCCCCAUUUGGUCCGACUGUCGAAACAGCUGGUUCCAACCCAUUCCUGACUAAACAUCCAGUUGAUCUCCUCUUAGAGGGCAAAGUUCAUGAUGUACCGUGGAUCACAAGUGCAACCACAGAAGAUGGCUUAUAUCCAGCAGCUGAUUGGGUUGGAAAUGAGAAGACGUUGGAAGAACUGAAUGAGAGAUUUGAUGAAUUAGCUCCUUUCAUCUUUGACUACAAUUACACUGUCUCGGCGGACAGAAAGAAAUACGUAGUGGCUCGGAUUCGUGAUCACUAUUUGCAGGGCCGACCUGUGACUCCGGAGACAACGCAGGAAAUCAUACAGAUGUGCACCGACAGACUUUUCCUUUUACCUGGAGCUCAAUCUGCCAAACUGCAAGCUGCUGUCAACAAAUCGCCUGUGUAUUUUUAUCUUUUUGGCUACAGAGGGAAACACAGUUUCUCGGAAAUCAUGUCUGGAACUACGACCAAUUUUGGGGUGAGUCAUUUGGAUGACACAGGGUACAUCUUCGAUUUUGACUUUAAAACAGAUGAAACUGAAGAAGACAGAAAUAUGUCCGAAUUACUUCUUGACAUCUGGAUGGCAUUUGCAAAGACUGAAAAUCCUGUUCCUAAGAGCAGAAAUUUCAACUGGGAUGCAACUGAAUCCAAUGAAAAAGACCUUCGUUUUCUGUUUAUCAAGAGUCCUAGCAAAUUUGAAAUGAUGAAAAAUGAUAACCUGGGAAACCAGAAAUUUUGGGACUCUCUGCCAAUCGAUGAACGUCAAAUAGGGAAGACCACUCCAAUCGAUAUGAGACACGAAGAACUGUAAUGUGAUCUUCAGAACUUUGUUUUAAACUUUUUACGUUUACAUAUUUCCCCUUUGUCUACACUUUCUCAGAAGAUUUAAGUUUUACUCUAUGCAUUACGACAAGUGUUUUUUAUAACAGUAUGUAUGUUAUAUUAAUCAUAAAUACAAAUUACUACUUUCAUGUAUAAUAAAAGU